AUGCUGGGCACCACGCGGUCUGCAGGCCAGCCAAGGCCGCAGAUGCCAUCAACACGGUCGAAACAAUCAAAAUCGAAACAACAAUACCAAUUACAACAACAACAACAACAACCAUACUCAUUCUCCUCAUCCUACCUCUUCUUCCUCUUACGCCGUCUAUUCUUCUGCCUAUUCUUCUCCUUCGUCAUCUUAUCCUCCACCUCCUUCCCGUCGCCCCACUCGUUGUCACCAGACUGGCAGGGUGAACCCGCUCACUCUGGCAGCCUGGAAUGUUCGUUCCCUUUUAGACAAUCCGAGGAGCAACCGACCGGAACGGAGGACGGCGCUAGUGGCACGAGAACUGGCGCGCUACAAGGUGAACAUCGCCGCACUCAGCGAGACCCGAUUCUCCGAACAAGGCCAACUGGAGGAGGUGGGUGCCGGUUACACCUUCUUCUGGAGUGGUCGACCGAAGGCAGAGCGACGAGACGCGGGCGUCGUCUUCGCCAUCCGGACCGACAUCGUGGGACGACUGCCCACUCUGCCGCAGGGAAUCAACGAUCGCCUGAUGAGCCUCCGUCUGCCCCUCCGGCGAGGAGGCAAGUUCGCCACCAUCAUCAGCGCCUACGCUCCGCCGAUGACCAGCCCCGACACCGCCAGAGACAAAUUCUACGAGGACCUGCACGCCUCUUGGCGACUGUGUCGAAGGCGGACAAGUUGAUCGUCCCUGGCGACUUCAACGCCCGCGUCGGCACAGACCAUACUGCCUGGAGGGGAGUGCUGGGUCCCCAUGGUCUCCGCGGCUUCAACGACAACGGCCUGCUUCUCCUCCGCACCUGCGCAGAACACCGCCUCAUCCUGACGAACACGUUCUUCUGUCUGCCGGAGCGAGAGAAGGCCACCUGGAGGCAUCCUCGGUCGCGUCAGUGGCAGCUGCUGGACUAUGUCCUCGUCCGGAGGCGAGAUCAGCGGGACGUGCUGGUGACGAAGGCGAUCGCGGGUGCUGACGGGUGGACCGACCAUCGCCUCGUCAUCUCGAAGAUGCGUAUUUGCCUACAGCCUCGCAGGAGACCACAAGGUAAGCGACCCCCAGGUAAGCUGAAUGUUGCUUUGUUGUCUUUGCCUGCUCACCGUCUCCAUUUCAGCAAUGAGCUAGCUCAACAGCUAGACAACCUCCCCAUCGCCGAUGCCGCCGCUGCCGAGAACGCCUCCGUGGAGAACCGCUGGUGUCAACUGCGAGACACGGUCCAGUCGACGGCGCUCGCCGUCCUCGGUCGCGCACGCCGCCAACACCAGGACUGGUUCGACGACAACGACGCGCCAUCAGAAAUCUACUUGCUGAGAAGAACCGCCUAACAAAGCCUACGUAGGUCACCCCACUGAGGACAACAAAACUGCCUUCUACCGCAGUCGCCGACAGCUUCAGCAACGACUGCGCGAGAUACAGAACGCCUGGACUGCUCGCAAAGCUGAGGAGAUCCAAGGCUACGCGGUCCGCAACGAAUGGAAGAACUUCUUCUCCGCGAUCAAAGCUGUCUACGGUCCGCCGACGAAGGGCACUGCUCCUCUCCUCAGCGCCGACGGCAGCACUCUCCUGACUGAGAAGACGCAAAUCCUACAGCGAUGGGCCGAGCAUUUCCGGGGCGUCCUCAACCGCCCUUCCGUCAUCUCCGACGCCGCCAUCGCCCGCUUGCCGCAAGUGGAGACCAACAUGGACCUCGACCUCCCGACAUCUCUCCAGGAGACCAUCAGGGCCGUGCAGCAACUCUCCAGCGGGAAAGCACCCGGAUCGGACGCAAUCCCUGCUGAGGUCUACAAGCACGGAGGUCCCCUACUGAUGGAUCACCUGACUGCGCUCUUCCAGGAGAUGUGGCGUCAAGGUGAAGUCCCGCAAGAUUUCAAGGACACAAAUAUCGUGCACCUAUACAAGCGCAAAGGGAAUCGCCAAGUUUGCGACAACCACCGCGGCAUCUCCCUACUGAACAUCGCCCGGAAGAUCUUCGCUCGCAUCCUGCUCAACCGCCUCAACAACCAUCUGGAACAGGGCCUUCUGCCGGAAAGUCAAUGCGGCUUCCGUCGUCAUCGUGGGACCACGGAUAUGAUCUUCGCCGCCCGUCAACUUCAGGAGAAGUGCCAGGAGAUGCGGACCCACCUGUACUCUACCUUCGUGGACCUGACGAAAGCCUUCGACACGGUGAAUCGUCCCUGCUCCCACUGCUGCUGCAGCUGUGGGACAUACGGUGGACAUCGUCGAAAUCGACGGUCGAACUGUCGGUAG